CAAACAAAGCAAACCUGGAGAAAUACUUAUAUAAAAUAUAUAAUAUAUAUGGAAUUAAUAUUAAUCUCAAAAAUUGUUUCCAGAGACCUGCGCGCACAAUGUGUCAAUCGAAUCGUUUUGAUAAAAUAUGUACCUGGUGCUUUGCCAUAUGGAACAUAAUCAGCGGCCUAAUAUGGAGCAUUCUGGCCAUUCUCGCCCUAAUCGGACACGAGCAUGGAAUACACUCACGGUACUACGACAUAGUCGUUUGCAUCUAUGCAGUUACGAUCUGCAUUUGUGCGCCAUUGCAUGUGUUGUCUGGAGUUCUGAUACUGCUGGGAGAUUGCAAGGACAGCAAAUGGAUGUUCACGAAGGGCAAAAAUCUGAGCAAUUUAUUCCCAAUAUUUUUGCUCGGCACCGUCAUAUUUCCAAUUAUACACUUCAUUGUGCUGGCCAGGGUGUGCAGCUACUAUAAACAGCGCUGGAAGUGAAUCUCAAUUUGAGCAUCGUUUCCAUUUCCAUUUAACUGCCCAACCGCGCGC